CCCGAUUGUGGCGGGGACCAUGGACAUUCGCCACUUCUUCUCUGGAUUGACCAUUCCCGAUGGGGGCGUGCAUAUUGUAGGGGGUGAACUGGAUGGCCGGGUGCGUGUGCAGGGUGGAGCUGUCGGUGUCCUGCCGGAGCCUGCUGGACAAGGACCUGGGCUCCCGCUCGGACCCGCUCUGCGUGCUGCUGCGGGACGCGGGCGGCGGCCGCUGGGCCGAGCUAGAUCGCACGGAGAGGAUCAAGAACUGCCAAGACCCUGAGUUCUGCAAGAAACUGGUCGUGGAUUACUACUUUGAGAAAGUGCAGAAGCUGAAAUUCGGCGUGUAUGAUAUUGAUAACAAGUCCUUUGAUUUAAAUGAUGAUGACUACCUCGGAGGGAUCGAGUGCACGCUGGGACAGGUUGUGUCCAGCUCGGUGUUCACCCGACCACUGGAACUGAAGCAGGGAAAGCCAGCAGGAAAGGGCACCAUUACUAUUUCAGCAGAGGAGAUUAAAGAUACCAGGGUUGUGUACUUGGAGAUUGAAGCCCAAAACUUGGACAAAAAGGAUUUCUUAGGUAAAUCAGAUCCAUUUUUGGAGUUUUACAGGCAGAGUGAUGCUGGAACCUGGCAGCUGGUGUACAGAUCAGAGGUGAUUAAGAACAACUUAAAUCCAUGCUGGAGGAAGUUCAGUGUUCCCUUGCAGACCUUCUGUGGUGGAGAUUUUAAUAAACCCAUCAAGGUGCAGUGUGCGGAUCACGACAGCGACGGUUCCCACGACUUGAUCGGCACCUUUGAAACCAGCCUGGCCCAGCUGCAGGGAGCAGGGAACACCUCCCCGGUGGAAUUUGAAUGCAUUCAUCCUGAGAAAAAACAAAAGAAAAAGAGCUACAAGAACUCUGGCGUCAUUAGGAUAAAAUCCUGCAAGAUUGAGACAGAAUAUUCGUUUCUGGACUAUGUGAUGGGAGGCUGCCAGAUUAACUUCACGGUGGGUGUAGACUUCACUGGCUCCAACGGGGAUCCCAGGUCACCUGAUUCUCUUCACUACAUCAGCCCAGACGGGGUAAAUGAGUACCUGGUUGCCAUCUGGAGUGUGGGGAGUGUAGUCCAGGAUUAUGACACGGACAAGCUGUUUCCUGCGUUUGGGUUUGGAGCUCAGAUUCCUCCUAACUGGCAGGUGUCUCAUGAGUUUGCUUUGAACUUCAACCCCAGCAACCCUUAUUGUCAAGGGAUCCAGGGAAUCGUGGAUGCCUAUCGCCAGAUCCUUCCUCAGAUCCGCCUCUAUGGACCAACCAAUUUCUCUCCUAUCAUAAACCACGUGGCCAGGUUUGCAGCACAUGCAGCCCAGCAAGGAACUGCCUCACAAUAUUUCAUCUUGCUGAUCAUCACAGAUGGAGAGAUCACUGAUCUGGACCAAACGAGACAAGCGAUCGUUAACGCCUCCAAGCUGCCCAUGUCCAUCAUCAUUGUUGGAGUUGGUGAAGCUGAUUUCAAAGCAAUGGAGUUCCUGGAUGGAGACAAUGGUGUCCUGAAGGCCCUGACAGGAGAACCAGCUGCACGAGACAUUGUCCAGUUUGUGCCUUUCCGGCAGUUCAAAAACGCUCCCCGGGAGGCUCUUGCCCAGAUGGUUCUGGCUGAGGUGCCGAAGCAGCUGGUGUCCUACUACAAGUGGCAGGGAUGGCCUCCUGUGAAACCACCAGAGAUAAAGCAGGUGUAAAACACAGCCAGGCCACCCGUGUCACAGGGGUGAGGAGGGCUGCCUCCCCUGCCUCCCCUGCACACCGUGGGGGCUCAGUGCCUGCAGGUUGGACCAUUCACACUAAUUCCCUUACCUGCUUGGUCUCUGCAGCUUUGAUCUUUCCUGUUCCUCAUCAGAAGAAAUGUUAAUACAGGAAACCCACAACUGCUGGCAGCUUUUCUCACAGAAAAUUAGACACUGUUGAUUUUUCCACCUUGCAACAGUGACAGGUCAUCCCACACACCCCUGGAGCAGCUGGGCCCUGUCAAGGUCUUGGCAAGGGCAGGUGCACUGAGCUGUUUCCUGCCCUGUUGAGGAGGAGGAGAAUUGCCAUCCUGUUCCCUGUACUGACACUUGUCAUGUCUUCCUUGAUAGGGAUUUUUUUUUUCCUUCUAUCAAGCUACCUUGGGGACGGGGACCCUUCCUUACUGGUUGGUACCAGUCUGUUGGUUGGGGCCUGUUGUGGUUCCUGUUGUGCCUUCAUAAAGUGCCAGUAUAUUUUUAUAUGUAGAGGUUUAUUUUUCCAUUUCAGUGACCACCCUAUUUUGUUUUUAAUCACAUUUUUCUACCAGCAAAAAUGGCUUCUUUGAUGGCUUCUUGCUUGGAGCUGUUGUUGCAAUUUAAGAGCACUGCACUUUGCUUGUUUGUGUGUGUGUGUGUGGGGGGGGGGUUAAUGAGAAUUAAUCAUUAAUCAGGGGUGGGAUUAGUGAAUCACCUUAAUGUGACCUUCAAAAUCCAGCAACUGGAAACAUUGGUUUCUUUGUGUCACAGAAGUUGACAAAGUUACAAGAUGAAGCAGUAACUGGAACUCCAAGGAGGUGCUUCCUUGUCCUGUGGGGUGUGUGUGAUGUGGCCUGGGGGCUGUGGAACAGGCACCUGAUGCAAAGCACAAUUGUUUGAGGGGUGAUAGCUCAUUUAAAAUAGAGGUAAAGAAGCUUAGGCUUGUCACUGCACUGCACUUGGUCUUCACUUUCAGUUUCAUAAAUAAAUACUCUGCCUUGAAUUACAUAA